AUGUUUGCUACCUUUGCCACUUCGAUCAUUUGCUUGGUUUUAUCUAUAUAACGAAGAAAAGCUCUCGUCUUUAGUAAAAAAAGUUCUUCUUUUCUUCAUUCCAAUCCUUCCCCAACAUACAAUCAAAUCAAAUUUUAAUACUUCCCCUCGUGAUUCAACCCAAUCCCAUUUCUUCUUAUCUUGUUUAAAUCUUGGCUUCUUUUUAGCGAAUGGCUCCUCCAGAUUCUAUGAUCAAACCAAGAGAUGCUUGUAUUGUUGGCGUUGCACGUACACCAAUGGGUGGUUUCCUUGGUUCCCUUUCCUCUUCCUCUGCUACCCAUCUUGGAUCUUUAGCCAUUAAAGCUGCCCUUCAAAGGGCAAACCUUGAUCCAUCACUUGUGCAAGAGGUGUUCUUUGGGAAUGUUCUUAGUGCAAAUUUAGGUCAAGCUCCUGCUAGGCAGGCUGCAUUAGGUGCUGGUAUCCCCAAUUCUGUCAUUUGUACCACUGUCAAUAAAGUUUGUUCAUCUGGAAUGAAAGCGGUGAUGCUUGCAUCGCAAACUAUCGAGUUAGGUAUCAAUGAUGUUGUGGUUGCUGGUGGUAUGGAAAGCAUGUCAAAUGCACCCAAGUAUUUGGCACAGGCAAGAAACGGAUCUCGAAUGGGACAUGAUACGGUUAUUGAUGGCAUGCUCAAAGAUGGGUUAUGGGAUGUAUAUAAUGAUUUUGGUAUGGGAGUCUGUGGAGAGUUAUGUGCUGACCAGUACAAGAUUACACGAGAAGAACAGGAUGCUUAUGCUAUUCGAAGCUUUGAGCGUGGAAUUGCUGCUCAAAAAAACGGCCACUUGGCUUGGGAAAUAGUUCCAGUUGAAGUUUCUAGGGGAAGAGGGAAACCGUCUGUAGUUGUAGAUAAGGAUGAAGGUUUAAGAAUGUUUGAUGCUGCUAAAUUUAGGAAGCUUAGACCAAGCUUUAAGGCCAAUGGAGGAACUGUUACGGCUGGCAAUGCUUCUAGCAUUAGUGAUGGUGCAGCGGCAUUGGUUCUAGUAAGUGGGAAGAAGGCAGUUGAGCUUGGUUUGCAAGUGGUUGCUAAGAUCCGAGGAUAUGCCGAUGCUGCUCAGGCACCUGAAUGGUUCACUACAGCUCCGGCCCUAGCCAUACCAAAAGCCAUUUCAGCUGCUGGUUUGGAUGCUUCUCAAAUUGAUUACUAUGAAAUAAAUGAAGCUUUUUCGGUUGUGGCUCUCGCCAAUCAAAAACUGCUUCACCUUAAUCCUGAAAAGCUUAAUGUUCAUGGAGGAGCUGUAUCUUUAGGACAUCCACUAGGAUGUAGUGGAGCUCGCAUAUUAGUUACAUUGUUGGGGGUGCUUAGACAUAAGAAAGGGAAGUUCGGGGUUGGCGGCAUCUGCAAUGGAGGUGGUGGAGCAUCUGCCCUUGUUGUCGAGCUCAUGCCAGAAUCGGAUGCCAAAGUGCGACGAUCAUCGUUAUGAAGCUGAUAUACAUGCUGUUAUGUUGCGGAAUUUGCCGGGGUUUUAUUAAACCCCCAAAGUUGAAUAGAAAAUAAAUAUUAUAACAGGUUUUAUGGAGGUAGAUAGGUAUUGGUGUUGAGAGCAUUCAGUCAGCAGAAUAAAGACGAAUCCAUGUCGGGACCUCCUAUUUUCUUAUAGGUUGAAUCGCUCCAUAAAUUGUAUACAAAGUAGUCAAACUUUCAUUAACAAAAGCUUAGUGUUGUAUUUCAUCCAAAAAAAAAACCUUAAUGUUGUACUUCCUUUAUGCCCUCACUUUCUUUUUCAAAAGUCGAAUUAUCGGUUUAUUCGGUUCGAUCAAUUAAAUUAUUUAAAAGUUUAUUGAGAAUUAAAAGAAAAAUUGGUUCAA